CUCCUAGAAGAUGACUUCCAGUUCACCUUUUGCGAGGGCUGCCGGCAGGAAUCGCCCAACCUCAAGCUCCUCACCUGCCUCCACACCUUGUGCCUCGAUUGCCUGAGCGAGAACCAGCUCAUUGGGCAGUGCCCCGUGUGCCAGACGGCCAUCCCGCAGGCCAGCGGCAUCCUCGACAAGGACAACCUGCUCUUCACCAACCUGCAGGCCAAGCUCAAGGUCUACAAGAAGAUUGUUGAUGGAGUUGACUUGGUCUGUGACAACUGCAAGAAAGACGGCGAGUUCUGGUGCUCCGAGUGCAAGGAGUUCCUCUGCAUCAAAUGCUUCGAGGCCCACCAGCGCUACCUGAAGAGGGAAAGCCACGAAGCCAAGAGGGUGACAGACAUCAGGGCAGGGUCUGCUAAGGACUUCCUCGAGGGCACCAGGACAACUGGUAACUUGUCCUGCUCUAACCCGAACCACAAAAGCCAGACUGUAAG